CGAGAGCUUCCGGGCCAACGAGCGCCAUGUCGGACCAGCCAGACGAAGACUCUCUGCGCCCGCUCGACUGGGGCGCCGAGAGACUAGCAGCACAACAGGCUAUCAUGGAGGAAGAGGCCCGCACGAGAGCCGAGACAAGCGGUACCGAUGCACUUGUUCGUCAGACCUUGCUCGAUGUGUCGCAGGAACACAUCCCUCUCGCUUCAGUGCGUCCGAGACCCUCUAGCGACUAUGAAGCGCUCUUCUUGCAAGGAGCCGAGCAACGACGCCAGCUCUGGGCAGCACAAGCUGCAUUCUCGAGCAGGAUGCACAAUGUCGUGCCACCCGAGGUCAGACCAACGGCAGCAGAGACUGUCCAGCCUCUCGGUGGUGCAGAAGAGUCAUCCAGUGAGCUUCAGACAGAGUCUGCCAUCCCAUGGAGACGGCCAAGUCGGACGGAGACGCUAGGUUCUGAACCUAGAGCACCCACCUCGGCAGAUCGGCACAAUCUGUUCACGUCUCCGAGCAGAACUUGGCGUCCGAUCGUCACUGGCGAGGAGCAGAGGCGCGUCUCGAUGAGCAUCGCAGGCGUCACAACGACUGCUCCACGGCCAGGAAGCAAUACUAGCAGCGCGUCUCCCCGGUCCGACAGCGAGUCCAAUUCGAGGGCGCCCGUCUCAUUUGAGGCGAUGCCGAGCACGGCUGAGCUAUCUGCUGUCAUCAGAUCGCUCGGAAAGCCGCCAGCCUCGCCUCCGACUAGCCAUGCAAGCGUGCGGUUCAGCGUGCCCAAAUAUCUCAAGCAAUCGCAGUUUUACUCACAGAUGACCACCGUGGCCCCAUCGAGCACCACGCCACGGAGGCCAGAUUCGCCAGAAGAGAACAUGCCGACGCCAGAGUCAUCAAGUCUCGGCUCACGUCGGUCUGCAGUCAAUCUGGAGCGGUUGACGCGCUAUCCUAACAACCGCCAAUCGAAUAAGAUGAAGAAAGCGUUGCUGGCCAAUUACCUCGCCAAUCUGGCAGAAGGUGCGAGCUCUGACUGGACAAUCAAUCUACCGACUUGUUGGGAUACCGAAGACAAGAGCGGUCUCAUCUCUGUCUCACGCGAUUGUCUCACCGUUAGCUUUGAGGGCUCUGGCAAGAACGGCGACCGAGAUGCUGCUGCGAUAAGAGCCAAUCGCCCGAUCCCGCCUCAGUGUGGCGUGUUCUUUUGGGAAGCACAAAUUGUCAGCAAAGGCCUCUCUGGUUACAUUGGCGUUGGCUUCUCGACGCUGACCGUUUCCCUGUCGCGCCUGCCGGGCUGGGAAGCAGAUUCUUACGGCUAUCAUGGAGAUGACGGCAACGCGUUCUGCUCGCAUGGCUCGGGCAAGAAAUUUGGUCCUCAAUUUACUACUGGCGACGUAAUCGGUUGCGGCAUCGAUUGGGCUUUGGACACAGCCUUCUAUACCAAGAACGGCGUCUUCAUCGGCUACGCUUUUCCAGGCCUUGACGGCCAUCAACUCUACCCCUCGGUCGGCAUGCGAACGCCCGGCGAAGUCGUCAGGGCCAACUUCGGUCAGAUGCCCUUUGUAUUCGAUAUCGAAAGCUAUAUCCGCAAGAGCAAGUCCCAGGUCAACAGCAGCGUCCUAGCUUACACUUUGUCGAGUCUGCCGGAUGCUACGAAGACCAAGCCAAAGACUGAUCGAGAGGUCAUUGAGGAUCUCAUCGCUGCUCACCUGGCGCAUCAAGGCCAUCUUGACACUUUGCGAUCCUUUCAUGAACAGCGCGCUCAUUUGCGCAGCUUCGGUACAAUAUCCGGUCCGCCGGCUUCUGUAGAGAGUGGCAGCGCGCUGCCAAUAUCGACAGACAUCUUGGGCGACGCGCAAAAGCGCAAAGACGUGAGGACUGCGAUUCUACAAGGCGACAUCGAGGCUGCACUGUCUCUCAUCCAGGCGGAGUAUCCGGUCAUCUUCCUCGACGAGUCAACAGGACCAGGCAUCCUGUUCAAGCUUCGAGUCAGACAAUUCAUCGAGACUAUCAUUCGCGCGAAUCUGUCAGAGUCACCCACCGCGGAUGAAGACAUGCUGUCAGAUGACGCAUCAGAAUCUGGCGGCUCGCAGAAUACGGCAAAGCUGGUCACAGCGCCUGCCAAGUCGGCACGUCAGCAGCAAAAGCAGCGUGCUACCAGUCCAGAAACUCCAGCUAAGCUCCUCGACAGCGCACUAGCACAAGGACGCACUUUGCAGGCCGACUAUGGCAGCGAUACACGAAUCGAGACCAUCUCAACCCUGCAAGAAGCUUUCAGCCUGAUCGCUUACAACUCAUUCGAUAGUUUGCCCGAACACCUCACACAGCUUGUCGGCUCAGAAGCUCGUCUUGCGCUCGCGAAGGAGACCAAUUCUGCCAUCUUGCUCUCACAGGGUAUGUGCAAAGAGCCGCCUAUCGAGGCGGUGUACCGACAAGCGUCAGCCUGCAUAAGCCAUGCUGGCUGGGCAGGCUCGGGUCAGGCUGCGCUCAUCGACCCAGCUCAGGAAGUCUUAAGACCGAAUGAUUAG